UUUAUAUAUUAUGACUUAUAACUUAUAAAAUAUAUUUUGUAAAUGUAGGAAAAUCCGCUAGGUUCGUAAUCAUCAAAUCUAAUUGGUUUAUUGAUUCUAACGACUGUCUACAUUCCAUCUCCAUUUAUUUUAUACAAAACAUUUAUAUUAACCUACAUUAUAAUUUAUAUAAAUCAUGUUAAAACAAUAUAAUAUUUAUAACAAAUAAUUAUUGUUAAAACUAUAAAUAAAUAAUGGAAACUGUACCAAAAGAUUUACGAGGUUUAAGAGCAUGUUUAGUAUGUUCAUUAAUUAAGACAUUUGAUCAAUUUGAAUUUGAUGGUUGUGAAAAUUGCGAUGAAUUCCUAAGAAUGAAAAAUAACAAGGAUAAUGUUUUUGAUUGUACAAGUUCCAAUUUUGAUGGAAUGAUAGCUGUCAUGAGUCCAGAAGAUAGUUGGGUAUGCAAGUGGCAACGGAUUAAUCGUUUUGCCAAAGGUGUUUAUGCUAUAUCAGUAUCAGGACGAUUACCAGCUGGUGUUAUCAGAGAAAUGAAGAGCAGGGGAAUAGUAUACAGACCACGUGAUACAAGUCAACGAUAAAAUUUCUAGUAAUUAAAAUAUAC